AUGAGCAGAACCCACCAAUUCCAGACACAGAAGCAGUUAAUAACUGGCCUGAUUCAGCAGGAAGCAUCUCAGACACCAACCACCGUGCUGCCAGCAGUGGCCCGGGGCUACCGGGGCUGGUUUCAUCCCUGUGCUAGGCUUUCUGUGAGGAUGAGCAGCACUGGGAUAGACCGGAAGGGUGUCCUGGCUAACCGGGUAGCUGUGGUCACGGGGUCCACCAGUGGGAUCGGCUUUGCCAUCGCCCAGCGUCUGGCCCGGGACGGAGCCCAUGUGGUCAUCAGCAGCCGGAAGCAGCAGAACGUGGACCGGGCCGUGGCUGAGCUGCAGUGGGAGGGGCUGAGCGUGGCGGGCAUCGUGUGCCACGUGCAGAAGCCUGAGGACCGGCAGCGGCUGGUGACCAAGGCCCUGGAGCACUGUGGGGACGUCGACUUCCUGGUGUGCAGUGCAGGGGUCAACCCUCUGGUGGGGAGCACUCUGGGGACCAGUGAGCAGAUCUGGGACAAGAUCCUAAGUGUGAACCUGAAGUCCCCAGCCCUGCUGCUGAGCCAGUUGCUGCCCUACAUGGAGAAGAGGAGGGCUGCUGUCAUCCUGGUCUCUUCCGUUGCAGCUUAUAUUCCGAUAGUGGAGCUGGGUGUCUACAAUGUCAGCAAGACAGCACUGCUGGGUCUCACUAGAACACUGGCAUUGGAGCUGGCCCCCAAGGACAUCCGGGUAAACUGCCUGGUUCCAGGAAUGAUCAAGACUGACUUCGGCAAAGUGUUGCAUGGGGAUGAGUCUUCCUGGAAGAACUUCAAGGAACGUCAUCAGCUGCAGAGGACUGGGGAGUCAGAGGACUGUGCAGGAAUCGUGUCCUUCCUGUGCUCUCCAGAUGCCAGCUACAUCACCGGGGAGAGCAUUGCGGUGGCAGGCUUCUCCUCUCGGCUCUGAGAGGAGUGGGGGCGGCUGCACAGCUGUGGUCCCAGGCCCAGGAGCCUGAGGGGCUGUCUAGGUGAUCAUUUGGAUCUGGAGGCAGAGUCUGCCAUUCUGCCAGACUAGCAAUUUGGGGGCUUACUCAUGCUAGGCUUGAGGAAGAAGAAAAAUGCUUCGGUAUUCUCCUUAGGACUUAUCUGCUUGUAGAUUUGGCUGAUCCAAUCAACAUGUGGGGUUCUUGGUGUGGGGCUGGGGAGCUGAAGGACUUUAUGGAGCUGGUGCUUUGGAGGAACCUUAAGGGAAAGGAGUAGAAGGUCAGGCCUUUGAAGGAUCUCAGCUCCUCCUCUCUGUAAUUUGUGCUUUAAGCAUUUUUUUCCUAAAAUAAACUCAAAUUUAUCCUCAA